AUGGCCAAUACAACAAUGAAAGACGUGAUGAAAUAUUUUAUUCUGGUCAUUUUGGGAUCAAAUAUAGUGAUGACCACAUAUGCCUUGACCUCCAACCAGUUCAUCGCGCUGAGUAGUUUAAUAACAGGUUCUGCUUUCGCCGCGUCUCUUUCUGGGAGUUACCUCCUUACUGUAGAAGAAUUGGCGCUAUUGACAGCUUUGAUCCUUUAUUCUGUUAUUCCUCGUUCAACGUUAACAACGUCAACAAAAGUUAUAAUACCUGCAGUAUCUGCAUGUCCCCUCCCUGGAUACACAUAUAACCGUUAUUUUGGGUGCUUACGUUACGUGGUUAUCCCCUCACCCAUCAAUGCAGAAGCUGCAAGUCAAUUCUGUGCAAACGAAGGCGGGCAACUGCUAUUGCUGAACUCGGACGAGGAAGUGGAAGAACUUCGAAGACUGAUUGCGUCAUAUAACAUUGUAAUGGCAGACGGCAUUUUCGUGCAAGGAAAAAGAACUACUGGCUCGUCUCCAUGGAUAAUCGAAGAUGGGAGUCCCCUACCUUACACACCACCGACGGGAAUCAGAAAUGAAAAUAACCCUAGUUACACGAGACUGGUUUUUGCUGUAGAUGCUGGUUUUGAUCUAGUCGCAAUUCCACUCAGUAAUCUCGAGCGAUUUUUUUUUUGUGAAGUUUGAUAUUUUAAGGAAUAGACACUACAUAGAUUGAUACCUUAUUUUUAUAUCUAUGAUCCAUUAAUUACUAAGGCAUAGAAUAAUGAUGUUUCAGAAUGCUUAUAAUUUAUGAUUCCAAGAAAAAAUAAAUUUGGUCUGUCGUUAUUUGUCAUUAUGAAAAAAAUGGUUUUGAACAUUUCUUGAAAUUCAUAACCUAUAUCAUAAUCUUGACAGUAGUUGUAAAUGAUAAAACAUCAUCUAAAAUGUUUUAGUUUUCUUCAAUUUUCUGGCAUGGCCUGAUUGUUAUCUGUUCUAAGCUUCACGCCAGACCAAUGAUC